AUGAACAUGUGUAAAAAGUAUUUAUUUAUUUUAAUUCUCACUCUUAAGUGGACUAAAGCUGACUCUGAUGUCCUUUCUUCAUAUGAGACAGACUGCAUUUUAGAUAAGGGAUGUGACGAUCUGGCAGGCAUUCGUUCAUUCAUCCCAGAAGAUGAGGAGGAGGAGGAGAGCCGGAUUAUUGGUGGAAAGGAGGCCUGGGCACAUUCGUGGCCAUGGCAGGUUUCUCUGCAGCACAACGAUUUGCCAACCUGUGGUGGUGCCAUCCUCAACCAGCAGUGGGUUAUUACCGCCGGUCACUGCUUUAAACGUUAUAAAAAGCCAUCGAUGUGGAACGCAGUGGUUGGAAUACACAAUUUGGAGAAUACGAAUGAAUCCUCGCGUGAAUCCAUACAGGUGCAGAAAAUCCUCUCUCACAAGUACUACAACCAGAAGACAAACGAGAAUGAUAUUGCCCUGCUGAAACUGCAGAGUCCAGUGGUGUUCAGUAAAUUUGUAAGGCCUAUUGGCGUCUUCAACAAUGACUUGCCUUCUCUGGAAAACUGCACUGUCACUGGCUGGGGCGCCGUCACAGAGAAUGGUCCUCAGGCCUCCAGACUUCAGGAGGUCAACGUAACUGUCUAUGAGCCACAAACGUGUAACAGAUUUUACCGAGGCAAGGUGUUGAGGUCUAUGAUGUGUGCCGGAGCGAAUGAAGGUGGAAUGGAUGCAUGUCAGGGUGACUCUGGCGGUCCCCUCUCAUGUUUCGAUGGUGAGAGAUACAAGCUUGCUGGAGUGGUCAGCUGGGGGGUCGGAUGUGGUCGAGCUCAAAAACCAGGGGUCUACACUACACUAUACCACUACAGACAGUGGGUGGUGUCAUCUAUGCGUGGUGAACUUACUUCUGAAGUCUCUGGAGCUGAUUCAGAUGCCCAGUGUGGUCAGGCCAAGACAGAGCCCUGUCAACUGCCUGAUGGCUUGGCACAGGUAGUGUCCACUGAGAAUGGUGCGUUCAAGGUGGAAAAUGUGAGUGAGGCAUGUCCGAAUGCCUGGCCGUGGCAGGCUAGUCUGCAGAGCGAUGACACACAUUAUUGUAGUGGGGUCCUCGUUCAUCCACACUGGGUUCUGGCACCACGCCACUGUCUUGUCAAGGCAGGAGAUGUGGUGGUUUUGGGAGCUCAUGACCUGAACUUUAUGUCGGGUCAGACUGUAGAUGUGGAAAGCGUUCAGAGUUUGCCUAACAAUGGCAGCUACCCGCCAAUCUCUGAUCUCUCCAUGAUCCACUUAUCUGUUCCAGCUCGGAUAGGGCCAUUGAUAUUUCCAGUGUGCAUAACUGAUAAAGAUGACGAAUUGGUCAAUGGAGACUCCUCUUCUUGUGUGACAACUGGUUGGGGGCAAAGAAAAGCUACAUUGGAUUUGCAGCCUGAGAUUCUACAUAUGGCCAGAGUUAAGCCUCUUUCUGAGGAAACCUGCAGGACUGGCUGGGGGAACGGUUUCAACACACACUCCCUUCUGUGUACGCAUGCAGCAGCCUCAACCUCCUGCUUGGGGGACUCAGGCGCACCCCUUCUGUGUGCAAAAAAUGGGAUUUACCACCUUGUAGGAUUAACAACAUGGGGCAGCAAGAAAUGCCAACCUAAGAAGCCAGCUGUGUUCACUCGAGUGUCUGCCUAUCACUCAUGGAUACAAACUUAUAUUAAAUCUUCUUAAUGUG